GGUUUAAAGCCAUAGAGGAAAAGGCUGACUGGCACAGUCAUACUCUCUUAUGUAUCUAUCGUUUCCUUCGUGCUAUUCUCAAGCUCUCUAACUCAGAAAAUGAACAAGCUCCAAAACGCGGCAUGACGAUAUUAGAUUUUUUGGGUAAGUUGUUAGAAGCUUGUCCAUCUGCAAUUGUAGAAGCGGAUGACUUUGGCUGGACUCCUCUUCACUAUGCUGCACAUUUUGGCAAUGCAAAAUUUGUCAAUCUAUUUUUGAAAAAGAACAUGUCCCUUGUUUACAUAAAGGACAAGGCAGGCAUGUCUGCUCUUCACAUUUCGGCAAAAGAAGGGCAUGUUGACGUAACAAGAACAUUUAUUACAGAAUGUCCAAAUAGUUGUGAAUUGUUGGACAACAAAGAUAGGACAGCUCUUCAUCUUGCUGCAGAAAGUGGAAAUAGUAAACUGGUGAAGGUUUUCCUACAAACGUUGGCUUCUGAGGAUCUCAUAAAUCAGCAAGAUAAGGAAGGAAACACCCCUUUUCAUCUGGCUGCCAUGGAAGGGCGUUAUGCACUAUUAAUGUCAUUGGCUAAAGACAGGAGAAUCGAUUGGAUGGCUAUGAACAAGGCAGGGAUGAGUACAGUUGACAUUAUUCAAUCAGAUAAACGACUUAAGUCAGGAAAAAAGGAAAAAUUCAUGUCAAAGUUGAAUAGAGACGACAUUAGAUUGAGUUUGGAACGAAUCGUUGACAGACAUACUAUGGAAGUUCAGACUCUUGAUACAGAAGGACAUGGACAAUUAAUUCAAGAAACACAGAGAAAUGAGCCUGCAGAGCAAAAUAAGGUGAAAGAUAAAGCCCUUAUUGCUACAAAAAAAAGACUCAAAAGACAAGAAGCUAUUCGGAAAAUGGUCGACCUCAAUUUCGUUGUAGCCACAAUCAUUGCAAGUGUCACCUACGCAGCGGUCAUACAGGUGCCUGGUGGAAACGACGACGACGACGGUGAAGCUACUUUAAGAGAAAAUAAAUAUUUCAAAAUAUUUAUGAUUUUCAACGCCUGCGCUUUUGUGUUUUCGCUGCUCUCAAUGUUAUUCCACUUUUGCAUUGGCCAUGUUAGCCUUAGUAGCAGUAUCGGUCUCAUAUACGCAUCGUUAUGCUUCACGUUCACUCAGUUUUCUCUUCUCGGCAUUACCGGUGCCUUUUUUUUGUCCAUACGUGCAGUCUUAACCAAAAGCUCGGCGUCUAAGUCAGGCAGUGGUGGACCACCAGUGCCCGGUCCACCACCGCCCCCGGGCAGUGGUGGACCAAAAGUUCCCGGUGAACCACGGCCCCCGUUCCGGGACAGGGGUAGAGCACCACUGCUCAGUCCACCACCACCACUGCCCAGUUCACCACUGCCCGACUUAGUCCCCAAGCACUCUCAAUCCAAUGUUUUCACUGACUAUUGGUGGAUUGGUCUUCUUUUUGUUUUUUCAAUCUUGGCGGCUGUCUUUAUAAUAAGAAAGAACAAAAAAUUGGUGGUUUCAAUUUUGAAGGAGUCUUAGCUCUAGGUCCAACUUUGACCAUAAGCAUUACAUGUUCACAUAUUCAUCGUGUAAUCGGUGGGCUCAAAACAGCUGAAUUUGUCCUUGGUCUUAUCCUCUCUCACUGUCAUAUGCUCGUGUGAUUUCAUUCCAGCAAGCUUUCUGCACAACCAAUGUGAUCUCUUUCCCGCAACAACAGGAGUGCUCCGGCCAGCAGAUUAUUUUUUUACUUUCUGUAUCUUUUACCUGUAUGCCGAUUUAAAUAAGAAUGUCCACUGCGAUUUGCUGUAUCGCCCUCUAUGUGAUUGAUUGUUUUGGUUUGUGAACAACUUAUCAUUUUUCAGGAGAUUAUAUAUAUAUAUGGUUGUGAUUAAGUUACAUUUUUUUAUGUAAUUGUUUGCUGAUCAAUAGCUUUAAAAUAUACUAAAAUUAUUAGAUGUGUUUUUUGAUAAAUCUAUGUUUAAAGCAUGUAUAACAUGAUUUUAAUGGCUAAUUAAUUCUAUAAAAGGUAGAAAACGAUCAUAUCUCAUUGUCAUAUUAGUUUGAAAACUUAUCCUUUGAAGAAGAUGCCAUGAAGCAUGCGCAUGUAUCUAUAUAUCUCAUUGUACAAGACUUUAGUUCUUUAGAAGUCUAAGUGACGGUGUCUGUUAUAUGAUUAUAACAUUAAUACAUUUCUUUUGUUAUAGGUUGAAUUUAAUCUCAAAUUUUUUUAUUUGAUAACAAAAGACUUUGUCAAUUGACAAAAGGUAAAGAGUCAAGUUGGUGAGGGUAAUUCUCUCAGCCUUGCCAAAAAUUCCCCUCUAUUUGAUAGUUUUUUUUUAUUCCUACAAUUUUUUAUGUAAUCUUUAUUGUUUUGGUUGAUAUAUCUCUUUUAUAUAUCAAAAAGGGAAAAAUGCUCAUACACCCCUUAAAUUUUUAGCCACUGACCAAAACACCCCCUAAACUAUUAUGUCAACUAAUUUACUCCUUAAACUAUAAAUACCUGUCAAAUCAAUACUUCAGUUAGUCUAACGUUAAAACAUUAACAGAAUAAGCAUGUGAGAUGCACGUGUUCCCCACUUCUCCACAAAACAAAUUCAAUAACACGAUAGAGAGCAGAGACCUUUGACCAACAGAAAAGAGAGAGAGAGGUGGUAGAAUCAGAGCCACCGCAGAGCUUCCCUCCACCGUCUUGCUGCACUUGUCCCGGCAGUGCCUUGGUGGUUCAGCCGCACCGUUCAAGAACCCAGCACCUGAAAUAUUGAUGCAAUUGUGGGUCACAGUCCGUGUAUGAGAGGGAUGAGGCCAUGGGAUGAAGAGAAAAGGAAACCACAAUUUAGACUGCAAUUUAGCGAGCUUGCAGAUAGCCAUGGAUGAAUGUCUACUUUUACUCCUUGCAAAUGCACCUUUUAUGCCAAAUGUACCACCCUCAAAAUCGUUUACAUCCAGUGCUUAGGCUACUCUUGCAAAGCCCUUAUCUGCCACUGGGAGUAGUACACUUCAGCUCAGUUCAUCUCGUGUAAAAUGUUCAAACUACAUUGUCUAUGAUUCCGAUGAUUACUUAGAUCGAGAUAUUGAUGAGAUUGCAGAUGCUAUGGCUACUGUGUCCAAACCGUCUACAUCCGUGCUGCACAACCUACAUUAUCUGAUAUGAUGGAUCUACUGUAGUAGAUUCUGCCUUGCUUACAUCAGAUUCUACAUUGCCUAAAUUGUAUUGAACAAGAUAUUAAAGAGAUUAAGGAACACCAGGAGUUAGGAGUUGAUAAUUUAGUGAUGUACUUAUGUUCUUUGUGAACUUGCUAGUUUUUGUACCUUGUGAACUUUGAUGCUUAGUUAUGACAGUCUGUUUUUGUAUUUAAAACAUACUGUAUUUUAUACUCCUUGCUUCUUGUAGGUUUUGAAUAUUGUAAAUAUACGUAUCAAUUUCUUUCAAACUUUUCUUUUUUCUU